AUGAAGUUCUCUAGCGCAGUCCUCCUUCUAUCACUCGCCGGUGUCGGGGCGUUUUCUCCCAACGCCGGUGUUUCACAGCAACAGCCAUCACACCUGUUCAGUGCUGUGGCCGAUGAGAAAGCGUCUUCCAGCAGCAGUGACAAAAAGACUCAGGAUCCUCUCUUGAUCCGUGCCGCCAAGGGCGAAAAAACCGAGCGAGCUCCAGUUUGGAUGAUGCGACAGGCUGGUCGUCACAUGAAGAUUUACAGAGAUCUUUGCAAGACACAUACCACCUUUCGUCAACGCUCUGAAAUUCCCGAAGUGGCCGUCGAAAUUUCUCUGCAGCCGUAUGAGGCCUACAAGACAGAUGGAUGCAUUUUGUUUUCCGACAUUUUGACUCCCUUUCCUGGAAUGGGAAUGGACUUUACCAUUGACGAAAAACUAGGACCCAUCAUGCCCACUAUCCGAAGCUGGGAGGAUUUGAAGCAGUUGCACGCCAUUGACCCUGAUGGUGCCUGCCCAUUCGUCGGCGAAGCCUUGCGCACUCUUCGCAAGGAAGUAGACCCCGAAACUGCCGUGUUGGGAUUUGUGGGAUGCCCCUACACCUUGGCCACUUACUUGGUCGAAGGAAAGACUUCCCGUGAUUACAUGGAAAUCAAGAAAAUGGCAUGGACCGAACCUGAUUUGUUGCAUGCCAUGCUCAAGCAAUUGGCCGAUAACUUGGGUGACUACGCCUGCUACCAAAUCGAAAACGGUGCCCAAUUGAUCCAAAUCUUUGAUUCCUGGGCUGGCCACUUGUCCCCUCGUGAUUACGAUACCUUUGCUGCACCUUACCAAAAAAUGGUCUUGGACAAGAUCAAGGCCACGCACCCCGAAAUUCCCACAGUGAUCUACAUCAAGCAUUCGGGUGCUCUGAUUGAACGCAUGGCUUCGACUGGUGUUGAUGUUGUGUCGUUGGAUUGGACUGUGGAUAUGGCCGAAGGAAGACAACGAGUUGCGAAUGGACGCAAGGCAGCGGGCCUCGAUGGUCCUGGAGGAGUGCAAGGAAACUUGGAUCCUGGUAUUUUGUAUGGAAGCCAUGAAACCAUCAAGGAACGAGCCGAAGAAAUCCUGAAAAAGGCCGGAGACACUGGACACGUCAUGAACUUGGGACAUGGUAUUGAAGCCACCACUCCUGAAGAGAACGCCAAGUUCUUCGUUGACACCGUCAAGAGCUACCGUCACGAGGCAUAA